CUGAAUGCUUUGCCCUCUAUAACUAACUAAUCGACAUCAUUAGUCGUGAUUGCUCCCCUUUGGUGACAAGGGAAGCUGUUCCGCUUGGUCUUACCACGUCCAACUUGGAGCGUCGAUUUGAAUUAUCCUGCAUCCAGUUCUUCACGCCCCAAGAUCGUACUUCGCCGCUUUCCAUCUGGUAACUACAUCGCCAUUGCAAAUUAGUCAUCAUGCCACACGAUUGUGGCGAUUUUAUUCCUGGCUUUGAAGCCAGUGACAUUGACCGGUGGAUCGGUACAUUCCACAUUUCCCCAGUGAAGCCGUGGCCGAACGAAGGCGAGAAAUUGGACGAAACGCCCGAGCAAAGGAGCAUACGACUCUGGUAUUUUCCUGACGACGAAGACAAUGAACAUCAUAAUGGCACUUCUAGCUCAGAACAUCCUGAUCACCAGACGGAAAAUGAACAGAGUCCAAAAGUGCAGUAUCCAAGUCUUUCUAUGCCUCAUCCAUAUGUCAUAAUCCCCGGAGGAUCAGAUUCAGGCCUCAGCUCCGACAGCAUUCCAUCCGCCGAUGGCAAACUUUCGAAAUUGGAAGAAGAGAAACUGAUAGCGGAGACAUUGGAAGUUUGGCCUGAUUUCCACGUCGUAUGGCCCUCAGACGAAGAAAUAGCGUUCUCAAAUCUGUGUGCUGAGGUGGAAGAGCUCGUGAAGAAGGACCUGCAUCUAGCUGCUCUCACGCGCGCCCUCCAGGACGCCUACGACCAUACCUUCGCCACGCACCCUAGCCAUGCAUUCUCCGUAAGCAUCGAGGUCUACAAGCUAGGCCGGAACAAAGCUGAGAUCCCGGUAAUAAAGAUGGACUUCCACAAGAAACUGCAUUUCCUUUUCAGAAAACAACUCGCGCGUCGCUUGCUCGCCGGCCUUCUAAUUCGCUACCCGAAGGGCUACUUUCCACGCAUCUUCGGCGUUGUUGAGGGCGACGAGGAGAAGCAGGUCGUUCUGCAUACCUAUAAAAUGCAUGAUGACAGGAGCCGGAAGUUUGAACGGUGCGGUGCUUGCCGUCAUUCUAUCAUCAAACAAUGGAAAGAGGAACGUAAGGGGAAGGAGGUUACGGAGUAG